AUGGGCCCCCGCACUCCUAUACACACGUGCGCGCCCCAGCCGGGCUCCGCCCCCUCCCCGGCGCCGGGAUUGCGUCGGGCGGGAGGCUCCUCCUUCUCCGAGGGUCGCGCGGCUGCCAGGCGCCCGCGCGGGGCUCGCCGCCAACCUCCGGGUGUGGAGAGCCGCCCUCCCCGCCGCGCGGCCCUGGCCCGCCUCUGCCCUCCGUCCCCGGCGCUCCGCGCUCGGUACCGAACUCCGACAGCCGGGCGCCGCGCGCCACCCGGCAACCCGAUCCCGCCCCCAGUCCCCACGAGCCGCGGUCCCUCCCUGCCGCCCGGCCGGCCCCCGGGAGGGGACAAGCCGCGCGAACAGGGAGGAAGUGGGGGAGCCGUGAGGACACUCUUGCCACCCACCUUACUCUGUCCUCCCCAACCAAGCAUAUUAUUUCCUAAUCAGGCUUCCACACCUUUCAGGGUUGCAGAGCCGCCAAAGGAGCAGAUUCCAUCACAGCGGGGCCAGGGGUGCGAUGAGAUUUGGGACCAUGGUACGGUGAGGGGUUUCCUGCUCCUGGUCUGAGAUUUUCAGAGCAGAGCGAGACCCAGAAGAAUUCUGCCAGGUCUAAAGGGACCCCCAGGGACGCCUGCGUGACUCAGUGGGUUAAAGCGUCUGCUUUGGGCUAGGGUCAUGAUCCCAGGG